UGUCGGAGUUUGGACAAGCGGAGGGAGCAAAAUGGCGGACGAAGAUAUUACGCUUGAUGGAAAACCUCUACAAUCGCUCAGAGUAGCCGAUUUAAAGGCGGCUCUGGAGCAAAGAAACCUCCCGAAAAGCGGGCAGAAAAACGCACUCAUGAAGCGACUGAAAGGGGCGCUGAUGUUGGAGAAUCUUCAGAAGUCGUCCUCCUCCCACAGUGGGCUGCAGCCCAACUCACAGAUUGGCGAGGAGAUGAGCCAGAAUAGCUUCAUAAAACAGUACCUGGCCAAACAGCAGGAGCUACUCCGUCAGAGGCUGGAGAGAGAGGCCCAGCAGGACGAUGAGGCAGAAGAAAGCCCAGCAGUGCCUGAAGAGGAUGACGACCACUCUGAGGACAACGACAGCUCCCCCUUUGUCCCUGACAAGCAUCACUCCAUACCCUCGCAGGCCUCAAUGACGAGGGAGGAAAAAGGAGGAGGAGAUGCAAUGAUGGGUCAUGCAAUGAUGGCGAGUGGUGCCAACAUGGGCCCGUCAGCUACCCUCCACCCUCAGGAGUCCCUCGAGGCUCCGGGUGCUUGGAUGCAGCGGGCAGCCUUUCUUCAAGGACAUAAAGAGCCACCGGCACCCUCUCCUCCUCGUGCCGUAGCCUCCCUGUCCGUGCGCGUCCUGGGCCAACCGGACCGCCAGGGGCUGCCCCCUGUGGUACCAAGAGCCCAGGAAAAAGAGGGCACCGCACCCAGUGAGCCCGGAUCAGCUCAUCCUGUCCUACAUCUAAGCCGAUCUGCAGGAGUCUCAGCAGGAGGUCGCGCCCAUGAGGACGACGAUGAAGAAGACAGUGGAGAUGACGAAAGCGAGGACGAUGAUGAAUGGGGGCCCGGGCCCGGCGGGGUACGAAGGGGUAACAGAGUGCCACCCCAGCCGCAGCAGAUGCCCCCCAGUGUCCCGUCAACAGCUGCCAGAUCAAAACGCAAGCUUCAGCCUCCGCAGCACAUCCCGCCUCCUCAGGUACACCACACCCCAAUGCAACUGCGCCACCCAACUCCUCCUCCCUCUCCACCCCCCGACCUGUUCCCUCUCCCCGACACUCCAAAGCAGAGCCCACAAGACGCAGAGGAGAGAGAAGGCCCUGAAGCUGCUCGUGGUCCAAGGGGGGUGUCUCUCCCGCCUUCCUCCCUGCAGAGGCAAGACUCUGACUCCAGCUCUCGUUCCAGCAGUCCUGAGCCCUCCAUGAAUAGAAAGCCAGGGCCCCUUUCUUUGCUCGUACACAAGAUGGAGACAGAGAGGGCUUUUGCCUCAGCUGCAGGUGUUUCAGGAGAGACGGCACACUCUACGGCUGGGCCUACCUGUUCCACUGAAUCUCCACUGCAAAGACUGGAGAGAAAGAGGCUUCAAGAGAGCAGGGAGAAGGAGGAAGAGAGGGAGAGGGAAAGACACGAGGUGCAAGACCAAGAAAGAAGGAAGAUAGAACAGGAGCGAGCGAAAAAGCGCCUGGAGGAAGAGAAGGAGAAAGAGAGCAAACACCUGGAAGAGGAGAAACAGCGUCAGAAAGAGGAGCGCGAUAGAAAGAGAAAACAUCUUGAAGAGGAAAAAGAAAAAGAGAGGAAACACCAGGAAGAGGAAAAAGAAAAAGAGAGGAAACGCCAGGAAGAGGAAAAAGUGAGGAAACGCCAGGAAGAGGAAAAAGAAAAAGAGAGGAAACACCAGGAAGAGGAAAAAGUGAGGAAACGCCGGGAAGAGGAAAAAGAAAAAGAGAGGAAACACCAGGAAGAGGAAAAAGUGAGGAAACGCCAGGAAGAGGAAAAAGAAAAAGAGAGGAAACACCAGGAAGAGGAAAAAGUGAGGAAACGCCGGGAAGAGGAAAAAGAAAAAGAGAAGAAACACCAGGAAGAGGAAAAAGUGAGGAAACGCCAGGAAGAGGAAAAAGAAAAAGAGAGGAAACGCCAAGAAGAGGAAAAAGAAAAAGAGAGGAAACGCCAGGAAGAGCAGAAGAGAAAAGAAGAGCACCAGAGACAGGAGGCCGCCCACAAAGGCAGGGUGGUUGUGAUUCAGGAUUCUUCAUCAGAUUCCGACUCCAAUUCCGACUCCUCUUCCCGCUCAUCACAGUCCUCUUCCUCUUCCAGAGAGAAACCACGCCCCUCAAAGCAGCCGAAGAAGACAGACCAAGGCCGUGCAGCAGAGGAUGAUAGAAAGACUGUCCUGGUAAAAGAGGCAGAGAAACGACAUCUGUCAAACAGGGAGGUGGCGGAGCCCAGCGCAGCCGCCGUCACAGAGGUGGAAGCAGACUCGGAAAGCUCCGUGGCCCAGCAGCCGCCCGCCGGGGCCGAGCCAGAGAACAGCGAGGGCCUCCUGGAGGAGAGCACCACUCCUAAGGCUUUCACCGCACGCAAGAUCUCCCUGACAAGCAGUAAGUCGUCCCCAGCCGCCACAGAUGGAGGAGCAGGAGAGUCUGAGUCCGGAGCUGCAGCAGGGCGGAAGAGGAGGUGGGGCUCCAGCACAUCAGUGACGACUAAGAAACCAUCCAUCAGCAUCACCACCGACUCACUGAAGUCUUUGAUCCCAGACAUCAAAAUAAACCAGGAGGCGGUGGUGGCGCUGCACCCUGAGGAGCUUCAGCUGUCUGGGGACGAGGAGAGUCUGGACACAAGCCGACCUGAUGAGGACCAAGGCCUGAAGAUCCGACGCACCGUCACACAGGUCGUCCAAGGUAACAGUCAGGAAAAUGGACAGACAAAUGAAGAGGAGGAAGUGGAGAAGACGGAGAAAGAAAUCGUAAGACGGACUUCCAGGGACAAAAGGAAGAGCAGUGUUUCUGAGGAAUCCAUGGAAGUGCAGACAUCUGUGAAGCUCGACGGAGACGAACAGAAAGUCACCCCGAGCGACAGCCUGGUGCGUCGCUCCAUCAGUCAACAGAAGUCUGGAGUGUCAAUCACCAUUGACGACCCCGUCCGCACAAACAGGCAGCCGUCGCCGCCUCAUGGCAAAGUCUCCAACAUCAUCCAUGUGACCAACCUGGUACGACCUUUCACUUUGGGCCAACUCAAAGAGCUUCUGAGCAGGACGGGCAGCUUGCUGGAGGAGGGCUUCUGGAUCGACAAAAUCAAGUCUCACUGCUUUGUCACAUACGGUACAACAGAGGAGGCGGUCGCCACCAGAGCUGCUCUCCACGGCUUCAAAUGGCCUCAGAGUAACCCCAAAGUCCUCGGCGUUGACUUCUGUGAGCAGGAUGAGCUCGACUUUCACAAAGGAAUCCUGAAACCAGAAAAGGAGGCGGACCCCGUCCCCCAACAAGGAGCCCCUCAGCCCCGGCUGCCCCCUCUGAUGCCCGAGCGAGACCGGAACAGAGAGCGAGACCGCGACAGCAAUCGCGACAGGGAGCGCGAACGAGACCGGGGCGCCGCUGCUGGAGGGGUAGGAGUGGUGAGGGACCUGUGGGCGGAGCGAGAGAGAGAGAUGGAGCGGCGGGAAAGAGCCCGUGGCGAACGGGAAUGGGACAGGGAUAAGAUCCGGGAAUUUGCCCGACCGGGUGAGGAAGAACAUCGAUCCCGAUCCCGAGAGAGAGAGAGGAGGAGGAGAGAGAGGAACAAGAGCAAGGAGAGGAAGACCGACAAGAAAGAGAAAGGAGAUGAGCCUCCUGCCAAACUGCUGGACGACUUGUUCCUGAAGACCAAAGCAGCUCCAUGUAUAUACUGGCUCCCGCUCACUGAGGAGCAGGUGGCGCAGAGGCUUCUGGACCGCACACAGCGCCAGAAGGAGCGGGAACAACGGCGCAAGGAACAAGAGGAGGAGGACAAGAAGCGAGAGGAGGAGGAGAAGAAGGAGAGGCUGAAGGUCAGGGAGAAGGACAGCAGCACAACAGCGAGUGGGGGAGCAGGAGGAGGAGGAGGGGGAGGGGGAGGAGCUGGGCGAGGAGCUGACGUAGAUAGAGGGAGGGAGCGCGGCCGAGACAGGGAGGGGGACAAGAGGAGGGACAGCGGCCACCGACCCAGACGGCCAUCGGCAGGCGCGGGAAACGGACGACGCUCUCGUAGCCGAAGCAACACAAGGGAUAGACGUCGCUGAGGGAAAGAUGAAGGGACAAGAAGGAAACUGCAAACAAAGAAUUUUGUGGAGACACAUUUCUCUUCUCAGUCUUGUUUUUUUUUUUUUUUCUUGCUCCUCGCUGCCUGUCCCCCGUGCUUUUAAAUCGUCCACUUUUGACGCCGGUGUUGUCUUCCAGACCGCUCUGCCAUUUUUUUUCCCCCCUCCCCAAAAUGUUUCAAACAUGUUUAAAGGUUAAACGACGGUUCACGUAGAGCCCACUCUUCUGUUCUCUUCCUGUCUUCCACAAUUUUGAAGUGGGCCCUGCUGCUCCUCCUCCUCGUCUCAGUGUAGUGCUGUGAAGUCUCCUCUGUGUCAGAAAAGCAGCACAGAGGUUCUGCGGGUUUUUUGUCGCUGAGGUUUGGGAGCCCGCCUCUUUAUUUUAGUUCUGCGGGCACACAGUUCCUUCCUCCUCCUGAGCCCUGUAAUAAAACCAGUUCAAAAAUAGAUCCCUAACCUUCAAAUAUUUUCUAGGAUCAGUUUUAGUGUUCUACUCUUCAGCACUGACUUCUUCUUUUUUUAUAUAUAUAAACAUUCAACUCAAAAAGUGUGUGAAACUGAGGAAAGAUGUUUUGUUUUGAAGCGUUAUGAAUCAUGUUAGUUUAUUUUUUUUUUUUCAGCCUUGGAAGGUUGUUUGAUGUCCCACAAAGAUACAACUCAACACUGUAACAUAGGAAAGUGUGCGGCAGCCCGAGUUCACCGUCGGUGGAUGUUUUUUUGGAGAGGACUUGAAAUUCUUGUUCAGUGAAGUUUAUUCUGUAACAAGUUUUGGGAAGCCGACCUCCCCUGCACUGACCCUUCAAUCAAAUAUAUUUAAGAGGAGGUACACAUAGAAAUGUACCUUCUAAUACAAGUAAAGGUUAGAAUUUUAAUAUCUUUAAUUUGAUGUUUUUAGUUGAAACAGUUAUUUUGUUGCGUUUUUUUUCCCCUCCUCCUGUAAGUGCUGAAUGUACCGAGAAUUUAAAAACAUGAAUAAAUUUAAAUUGCUUAACA